GAUUGGGCCCUCGUAUUGACACAAGUAGAUGGGUGCAACCGUAGCACGCGCGCUCUCAUACCACGCACUCGUGUGGAAGGCAAUACAUAAUAAGCAGCAUCUUAUCUUCUGGCGUUCAACAGGUUGGUUGUCCAUUCCGGUGUAUAGGUAAAAGCGAAGCACGGACUCGGAUUUCUUAUUUGUUUCAAAGAUAAAGGUAGAUAGAAAACACUGGAAUCACCGGACUCAUAGUGCAUAAGAAAGAGAAAUAAGCAACCUCCUCUCAUACGACCGUUACCAUGACUACCUCCGAUGAUUUCCGUGUCUGGGGCAAGGAGAUGGUGGACUACAUCUCACGUUACCAGGACGGUAUCGAGGACCGGCCAGCCCUUGCCCAAGUAGCCCCGGGCUACCUGCUGGAUCAGAUGCCCGCCGAUGCCCCGCAGAAGCCCGAUGAGUGGAAUGACGUGCUGGCUGAUGUGGAGAGGCUGAUUAUGCCAGGGGUCACGAACUGGAAUCAUCCCAACUUCCACGCCUACUUCCCGACUGCAAACUCCUUCGCUGCUGUAUUAGGUGACAUGCUAUCAGAUGCUAUCGCCUGUGUCGGAUUUUCUUGGAUGGCCAGUCCAGCAUGUACGGAGCUUGAGAUGGCUAUGAUGAAUUGGUUGGGAAGGAUGUUGAAUCUUCCUGAAUCAUUUUUAUUCAAUGAAACAAGGCAGGGAGGAGGAGUCAUUCAGGGUACAGCAAGUGAAGCAACUCUAGUAGCCUUGCUGGCAGCUAAGAUGAAGACAAUAAGACAGAAGAUAGAAGAGGAUCCGAGUCUUGAUCAGUAUGACGUCAUGUCAAAACUAGUCGUUUACACAUCAGACCAGAGCCAUUCAUCAGUCGAACGAGCAGCUUUAAUUGCUAGUCUUCGCAUCAGACAGCUGGCCACCGAUGACAAAGGUUCUCUGAGAGGGGAUGUACUCCAGAAAGCCAUAGAAGAAGACAAAGCCAAAGGGAGAAUCCCUGUUUACCUGUGUGCUACGCUUGGAACAACCACGUCAUGUGCGUUCGAUAAUGUCAAGGAGCUGGGUCCAAUAUGUAAAGAAGAGGGCUUGUGGUUUCACAUUGAUGCUGCAUAUGCCGGUAGUGCAUUUAUAUGCCCAGAAUACAGACAUCUAUUAGACGGUGUCGAGCUUGCAGAUUCAUUCAACUUCAACCCUCACAAGUUUCUCCGAGUGACCUUUGACUGCUCUGCCCUGUGGGUCAAAGACAGGUCAGCGCUAGAGGGCGCAUUCCAUGUUGAUCCAGCCUACCUCAAGCACAACCAUCAAGACACAGUCAUCGAUUACAGGCACUGGCAAAUCCCAUUAGGUCGUCGGUUCAGAUCUCUCAAACUUUGGUUCGUGUUUCGACUGUUUGGAGUUGAGAAACUUCAAGAAUACAUCAGAAAGAAUGUGUCUCUUGCAAAGGAAUUUGAAGCCCUCGUGGUCGAUGACAACCGAUUCGAAAUCGUUGCAGAGGUCGUGCUAGGUCUAGUCUGCUUCAGAUUAAAGGGUUCAGAUGACUUGAACAGAACUUUGUUGGAUCGCAUCAACGCCAACGGUAAGAUACACAUGGUCGGUUCGGUGCUAAAAGGUCGUUACAUCCUUAGAAUGGCCGUCUGCAGUUCACAAACCGAGUCGAGACACAUGACACAUGCCUGGAAUGUCAUCUCAGAACUCGCCACUAAACUCCUGGCUGACGAGACUAAUUGACAUGCUGCAUACACGGACAAACCCCUGGCCGAGGAAACUAAUAGACAUGCUGCAGACAAGACCAAACUAAUGGAAAUGUCCAAACUUCUGCAGUGUAACUUCUCAAUGUCUCAAGAAAAUAAAUUGUACACAUAAAACAAUAUUGAGUUUCAUCUGCUUUGAAAUAUUUCUGUUCUGUUAAAAAUUUCUUGCAUGAUGAACAUUAGUAGAAUAUAAUUCAUUUUGAAAAGCAUUGGUUUAUCAAUUAAAGGGAAAAUAUGCAGAGGGAAAAAGAAAGGGGAGACAGAGAGAGAAAGAGAGAGAGAGAGAGAGGGAGAAAAGAAAGAAAGAAAGAAAGAAAAGAUAGAGAGAGACCAACAUAAAGUGGGAGGGCAAUACCCCACCCCAAA